AAUAGGAGCAUUUCUUUCUAUUGUGUUGCUUCGUUUUAUCAAUGAAAUAAAUUACGGUUUUUUUCGUGAUGAUUAUAUACUACUGCAUAGUUUUCUUGGAGGAGUCAUUGCGUCAAACUCCAAAAUCACUACCAGAGUGGCAUCAAAGGGUAAAAUCGAUGUUGAAGGCUAUUUGUCUUCUAUGUCUUUCCUCUUCAAGCGAGAGAUUUUGCGUGACAUUUUGUGUUGUUUUCUGUGAUACUCUUUAUCAAGAAUACUUUUGGUUGGCAUCUGCAAUAUCAACAUCUGGCCAUGACCACGAAGGUCCAAGUAUGUAUACUGCAGUACAGUUGGAAAAAGCAGUAAUAAACCACAGACAAUUGAAAAAUGCCCUGAAUCAGAAGUGGUCUUCUUUGAAACUUAAGAUUCUUGAUUUUGCUGGAGAUAAAGAGUAUCAUGCCUACUUCCACAUGUUUCUAAGAAGUCAAGCUAUUUAUGUCAUUGUAUUUAAUAUUGCUGAGUUUGCAGAGGAUAGUCUCAGAGACUUGUCUGCAAAAAUAAAGAGUCUCCACCCUUGGCUUGAGUCUGUUUGUAGCCACGUGCCACCAAUUACUCCACUUCUUCUUGUGGGAACACAUAGGGGGAACAUGGAGCAAUCCACUAUGGAAAGAAUCAAUGACCAUCUAAAGGAAAACUUUUGGGAUCUUUUUUGUGAUGAGCUGGUUUUAAACAAAGAGUAUGGGUUUAUUUUUUUUCCUGUUGAAAACUCCUUGGGUCAAAACGAUGUUGGGAUUCAAACUUUUCAGAGAGCAAUCAUGGCUACUGCAGAGGAACUUAAGACAACUAUUGGUCGGAACAUUCCUCUCUCUUGGAUCCAGAUCCAGGAUGCCCUCAUCAGUAUGAAGGGUGACAAGGGAGCAAAAGUCUGUGUGAUGUUAGAAGAGUUUCCUACUGUAUUUGACAAUUUCAUUUGCACCAACUGGACUGAAGAGACACUGAAAUACUUUCACGAGAAGGGUUUUAUUAUGUACCUCGACAAAGAGCCAAAGAGGGUUCUGCUUAAUCCUGAUAUACUAAUUGAUAUUAUCAUCAAACUUGUCAUCCAACAACCUGAAGGGAUAGCUGAAAGAGGUUACAGACGUCACUGGAACCUAUUGUGCAACAAAGGAAUGCUGACUGAACCCCUACUAGAGAGUAUCCUCUCAAAAGUGGUGCAGGAAAAUAAGGAAGAUGUGACUGCAUUCCUCGAAGAAUAUGACUUGAUCUGCCCUUUGACAUACCAAAAGGCUCCUGUAAAUGAGGAACCUCUGGCCCCAGUUUUCUUUGUUCCAGCACUGUUGCCAAUUUCUACAGAUGAGAACACUCAGUUGUGGAGCGACAGCUCCUCAGAUAAAAAGUUCUUUGUGUUUUUCAAGAAAUUCCUACCUGAGCCUUUCUUUCACUGUCUUCUCUCCCGUGCUCACAAGAACAGCAAAGUUGAGUUUUUCCAUAGCCAACCUCUUGUUUUCAGAGAUGCUGGCAAGUUCUGGUUGAAUCCCAAGCAGCCAUAUAGAUUAAAACUGCUAAAAGACAUGAAGAUGGUAGAGGUGACAUUCACCAGUAGGUUAGUUGAGUAUCCAUUUGUUGUCCAUUUAUUUAUGAUAGUGGCUAAUGGGGCUUUAUAAUCAUUUUUCUUGGUAAAGGUGCUUGACUCUCCAAGAGCAUCUCUCUUCAGGAAUACAAAUGAGUUUGAACAUUUAGUUCUCAAGAAAUAGCUUAUGUUGUAUGGAGGAAAUCCAUUUAGAUAGGGGUACUGAGGACUAGGACCCAAAGUGCCAACCUCAAAUAAUGUCUACCAGAUCCACUUAAAUGGAAUUAGUUGACAAUUGACUUAAUUGACUUAAUUAACAAUUGUUCAAA